AUGGACUACAGUUGUAACACAAAAGAGUUUUCCAUGCUAGAUAAAUUCCUUCCCCAAGAAACUCUCAACAGGCCAACAGUCACCCGAGCAGUGAACAACCAAUCAAAAGCUGGUACCUCCAACGUCAACGCUAGCGCUAAUCCCUCUGGUACAGGUGCAUGGCCGCGAGAGGUUGGCGUACAAUGUGUAUUCUGGAAUAGUGGAAACGGGCUUUCAGCCUCUCAGGGUAUUUCUGGUCUCAUGACGCCCAGUGUUUAG